GCUUCGGAGGGCCGCACUCCCACAAUGCACCUUGUGUCAACACGGCGCUGGUGGUCGCUUCGAGGAGGGGCCCAAGGUGCCCAGGGGACCCGCACGCAGCCCGAGGGGUAUCAAGUGGGGUCCGGCUGUUAAGGGGCGACUGGCAGCCAUGGCGGAGUCGGCGCCUACUCGGCACAGGAGGAAGCGCCGCUCCACACCUCUGGCUGCUUCCACACUGCCCCCCCAAGCGACAGAGAAAAGCUCCUAUUUGCAGACUACAGAGAUCUCACUCUGGACCGUGGUGGCCGCCAUUCAGGCCGUGGAGAAGAAGAUGGAGUCCCAGGCCGCUCGGCUGCAGAGCCUGGAGGGGCGGACGGGGACGGCCGAGAAGAAGCUGGCCGACUGCGAGAAGACGACCCUGGAGUUCGGGAACCAGCUGGAGGGCAAGUGGGCCGUGCUGGGGACGCUGCUGCAGGAGUACGGGCUGCUGCAGAGGCGGCUGGAGAACAUGGAGAACCUGCUGAGGAACAGGAACUUCUGGGUCCUGCGGCUGCCCCCGGGCAGCACGGCGGAGGCCCCCAAGGCGUCCCGGUCACUUGAAAAUGAUGGAGUCUGUUUUUCAGAGCAGGAGUGGGAGAAUCUGGAGGACUGGCAGAAGGAGCUCUACAGGAACGUGAUGAAGAGCAACUACGAGACUCUGGUCUCUCUGAAGGUCCUUGGCCAGCCAGAAGGAGAGGCAGAGCUGGGUACGGAGAUGCUGGGCGACUUGGAGGAGGAAGGCCCCGGUGGUGUCCACCCAGCAGAAGGGGUUAUGAUCAAGCAGGAGACGCAGCACCCGCAGCAAGGCCCUGUGGGUCUCCCUGGAGCGUUCUCGAGCAUGGCCGAAGAGCAGGCUUUCCUGAGCCCAGAGCAGGCUGAGCUCUGGGACAGUCAGGGCAGCUCUAUCCUCUUGGAACCAGGUCCUGGGGACACUAACCUAGAGGAGCCCGUUGAAGGCAGUGGAGACCCUGGCAGCGGCAGAACUCUGGGCUGCCCCCCAAAGCAGAAACCUAACAGGCAGGUGCACCCAGCUCAGGAAUGCGGGCAGGGCCUGAAGCUGAAAAGGGACACUUCUGACCCCUAUGAGUGUGCUGAGUGCGAGAUCAGCUUCCGCUAUAAGCAGCAGCUGGCCACACACCUGCGGAGCCACUCGGCAUGGGAGCCUGCCGCAGCCUCGGAGCCAGAGGAGAGCCUUCGGCCCAGGCCGCGGCUGAAGCCCCAGAACAAGAAGGCAAAGCUGCAUCAGUGUGAGGUGUGCAUGAGGAGCUUCAGCUGCAGGCUGAGCCUGGUCACCCACCAGCGUUGUCACUUGCAGGAGGGGCCCAGUGGUGGCCACCGUGUCCAGGAGAGGUUCUCACCCAACAGCCUGGUCGCCCUGCCCGGCCACAUCCCCUGGAGGAAAAGCCGGAGUUCCCUCAUCUGCGGUUACUGUGGCAAGAGCUUCAGCCACCCAUCUGACCUGGUGCGACACCAGCGCAUCCACACGGGCGAGCGGCCCUACAGCUGCACUGAGUGUGAGAAGAGCUUCGUCCAGAAGCAGCACCUCCUGCAGCACCAGAAGAUCCACCAGCGGGAGCGGGGCGGGCUGGCCCUGGAGCCCGGAAGGCCCAAUGGCCUGCUUUAAGGGUGCCAGCCCCUCGCCUGUCCGGGGGGGGAAGGGGGCUGGCAGUAGUCCCCCAAGGAGACACUGUGCAGAGUCAGGGACCGACUGCUUCCUGGGGGGAGUCACGGAGUCCCUUCCCUUGCCCAGGCAGCAGGUGGACCCCGGAGGCCAUCCUUAGAACCGUGUGCGCCCAGGCAGCCGGCGGCUCUGGGCCAGGCCUCCCCUGCUGUCCGCCCUGCUGCUGCCUUCCCGUGGCCUCAGCACCUUCGGUUCUCUGUGUUUCCCAGCUGCACUGAUGCCCGCAGUCCACGGUUGGCUCUCGGACCCCGCAGGGCCGGUGGCUAGUCCGAGGGCCUGACCUGGCGUUUCAGGGCUUCCCACGGGCUGGAGCUAGGCCAAAGGAGUGAGCAGGCGUGUGGAAGAGGCUCGGAAACAUGACCCUCUGUUUCCGCCUCUUCUGUAGUCUCUGUUCAUAACAAAUAGAAGAAAUAAUUUAAAUGAACUGCUCACCCUGAAGAACCUUUUUUGGAAUUAGGUUUUAGUUGAUUUUCUAAAAAUACAAUCUGACACUUGUUUUUUAAAUUCCCAGAGCUGCAGAAGUCGUUCCUAACAUGGGGCCCGGGCCUGCCCUCCAGGAGGGAGUCAUUCCAGGGCUCUUCUGCCCACCCAGGCUUCGUUAGGCCAGUGGUCAGGGCAUAGGGCGGCCCGCUCUUGUGAGAGUCCUUGAUGGGGCUCAGAUGGGGCUCCCUGAGUCAGAAGGACCCAGUGGAAGCGAGCAGUAGGGGCGGACCCCAAAGCCCGUGCUGAGAAUGGAGAAUCCGGUAUAGGAGCUGAGCGUCCAGAUCUGCUAACACGGGGUGUCCAGAGCCUGGGCUUCCCCACAGCUGGGCUCCGCCCUCCCAGCCGGUUCCAUGGCCCCACAGGGUGGACACUGCCUUCGUUACUAAGCUCGCCCAGCUUGUCCUAGCGGUCCUUUGAGUUUGCUCCUCUCAUACCAGUUGUUCUUGAUGACACACCUUCUAAUUUAGUUCUGGGGUUGGCUGUUCCAGAGACGAUGGAGGAAAAGGCACAGAGGCGCUUGUCUCAGGAGUGUCAAAUACCUGUCCCACUGUGGUUCAGGGAGAUGGGAGUGGGCUCCUGGUCCCCUUUGAUGACUUGCAGUUGCCUAGAAUAAAAUUUGCUACUAGCAAAAGAAA